AUGGAGCUUUUAGGUUCUACUUUAACGGCAACUUAUGCCCACCCUCAACCAAUGCCGACCAGCUGUCUACCCGCCAUCAGCACUGUGACAUCAAGCUACAGGGACCGCUUCCCCCACUACAACUUGACCCAUAGCUUGAGCCUUCCCUGGAGACUGAACACGUACUACAGAGUGGCCUCCAACCUGCCGGGCUUGGCCCCGUACUGCACCAGAGCCCAGAGGGAGUCCAACAGCACCAUGCUUCCUUUCGUGUCCAACAGAACCACCCUCUUCACCAGGUACACUCCCGACGAUUGGUACCGAUCCAAUCUAACCAACUACCAAGAGUCCACCACGUCCCGACACAACGCAGAGAGGCUGAGGGUAGAUACAUCUCGUCUGAUUCAAGACAAGUACCAACAAACAAGGAAAACCCAGGCAGACUGCACCCAAAACUUGGGAGAACGAGUCAAUGACAUCGGGUUUUGGAAAUCUGAAAUCAUUCAUGAGUUGGACGAAAUGAUUGGAGAGACAAAUGCCCUCACUGAUAUUAAGAAAAGGCUGGAGAGGGCUUUGGUGGAGACAGAAGCCUCACUUCAGGUGGCCCGAGAAUGUCUGUUUCAUCGAGAGAAGAGAAUGGGCAUCGACCUGGUUCAUGACGAAGUGGAAACACAACUACUGAUGGAAGUUGAUGUUAUUCUGUGUUGUCAAGAAAGAAUGAAGCUACAUUUGGAUAAGGCUAUUGCCCAACUUGCAACCAACAGAGCUUCCCAGCACGAGCUGGAGAAGGACCUGAGUGAUAAGCAGGCGGCUUACCGCAUCGACGACAAGUGCCACCACCUGCGAAACACUUCAGACGGCGUCAGCUUCUUCCGAGGGGUGGAGAAGGUCGAUGUUCUACUUCCUUUGUUUUUCAGGAUCUCAGUGCCUGAGUCCUGGGCCAAAUUUACCGAUGACAAUAUUCUGCGCUCCCAGAGCGAACGAGCCGCCUCUGCCAAGCUGAGAGACGACAUUCAAAACCUCUUGGUUGUGACUGCCAAUGAAAGGUGGAAUCAGUUCAACAAAGUGAACUUGUCUUUCACCAAUCGCACUGCCGAGACUGCAGAUGCUAAAAAUAAGAUCCAGAUUCACCUCGCAAAGACCCUGCAGGAGAUUUUCCAGACCUAAAUGACCAUAGAAUCCAUCAAGGCCAUCAGGGAGAAGUCUGCCUUCCUGAAGGUGGCUCAAACCAGACUGGAUGAGCGCACAAGGAGACCCAACAUAGAGCUCUGCCGAGACAUGGCUCAGCUGCGCCUGGUUAACGAGGUGUACGAGGUGGACGACACCCUGCAAACCCUGCAGCAGCGCCUGAGGGAUGCCGAGGACACCCUGCAGUUGCUGGUCCACACCAAGGCCACCCUGGAGCACGACCUGGCCAUCAAAGCCAACUCCCUGUGCAUCAACCACGAGAAAUGCAUGGGCAUGUGCAAAACCUUCCCCAGCACCCUGGGGCUGGUCGGCUGCUGUUAGGGGACCCCCACCCGGAGCCGGUCUCCAUACGCCUGGUCAGAGACGGGCUCAGCACUUAAACUGAGGGCA